AUGGACGGACCUGAUUACAGGGUGGUGUUUGAAAAGGGAGGCGUGUACCUGCACACCAGUGCCAAGAAACAUCAAGACGCCGACUCCCUCAUCGCCGGCGUCAUUCGUGUCGUGGAGAAGGAUAAUGACGUCCUUCUGCACUGGGCUCCCAUAGAGGAGGCCGGCGAUUCCACCCAAAUCCUCUUCUCCAAGAAGGACUCCACUGGGGCUGACUGCUGCACUUCUGAGGAGGAACCGACCUUUGAUCCUGGCUAUGAACCUGACUGGGCCGUCAUCAGCACUGUGCGGCCACGGCCCCGCCACUCCGAACCCACGAGAGGUACAGAGCCCAGCUCUUCCCAGGGCUCCUGGGCCUUCUCUGUGAGUCUGGGGGAGCUCAAGUCCAUCCGUCGUUCCAAGCCUGGUCUGAACUGGGCCUACCUGGUCCUGGUGACCCAGGCUGGAGGAUCUCUGCCUGCCCUGCACUUCCACUCUGGGGGUACCCGCGCCUUGCUCCGAGUCCUCAGCCGCUACUUGCUGUUGGCCAGCUCACCGCAGGAUUCCCGCCUCUACCUUGUCUUCCCCCACGACUCGUCUGCUCUCUCCAGUUCCUUCCAUCACCUGCAGCUCUUUGACCAGGAUAGUUCCAAUGUAGUAUCUCGCUUCCUCCAGGACCCCUACUCCACUACCUUCAGCAGCUUUUCCCGAGUAACCAACUUCUUCCGGGGAGCCUUGCAGCCACACCAGGAGGGGGCCUCCCCUGACCUCCCUCCAGCACCGGAUGAGGAGCCAGAGCCUGGCUUUGAGGUCAUUUCCUGUGUGGAGUUGGGGCCGCGGCCAGCUGUGGAGCGGGGGCCCCCAGUCACAGAAGAGGAGUGGGCUCAGCAUGUGGGCCCUGAGGGUCGCCUACAGCAGGCCCCUGAACUGAAGGCCCGGAUCUUCUCCGGGGGUCUGAGCCCUAGCCUAAGGCGUGAGGCCUGGAAGUUUCUCCUGGGUUACCUCAGCUGGGAGGACUCAGCUGAAGAGCACAAGGCUCACAUGCGCAAGAAAACGGACGAGUAUUUCCGCAUGAAGCUGCAGUGGAAGUCAGUGAGCGCUGAGCAGGAGCGGAGAAACUCGCUGCUGCGUGGGUACCGCAGCCUCAUCGAGCGAGACGUGAGCCGCACUGACAGGACCAACAGAUUCUACGAGGGCCCCGAGAACCCAGGGCUGGGUCUGCUCAACGAUAUCCUCCUCACUUACUGCAUGUACCACUUCGACCUUGGCUACGUCCAGGGCAUGAGUGACCUUCUCUCCCCGAUCCUCUACGUCAUUCAGAACGAGGUGGAUGCCUUCUGGUGUUUCUGCGGCUUCAUGGAGCUUGUGCACGGGAACUUUGAGGAGAGCCAAGAGACCAUGAAGCGACAACUCGGGCAACUGCUGCUGCUCUUGAGGGUGCUGGACCCACCACUGUGUGACUUUCUUGAUUCCCAGGAUUCUGGCUCGCUUUGCUUCUGUUUCCGUUGGCUCCUUAUCUGGUUCAAGAGGGAGUUCCCGUUCCCAGAUGUCCUGCGGCUAUGGGAGGUGCUAUGGACAGGGCUUCCUGGGCCCAACCUACACCUGCUGGUGGCCUGCGCCAUCCUGGACAUGGAGCGGGACACCCUGAUGUUGUCAGGCUUCGGUUCCAAUGAGAUCCUCAAGCACAUCAAUGAACUGACCAUGAAGUUGAGCGUGGAGGACGUGCUGACGCGGGCAGAGGCCCUCUACCGGCAGCUGACCGCCUGCCAGGAGCUGCCCCACAAUGUGCAGGAGGUGUUGGGCCUGGCGUUGCCUGGGGAGCCACACAGUCCAUCUUUCCCUGCCUCCCCGCUGCCGCUGUCGCCCUCCUCCCACUCCCCGUCGUCGACCCAGGUGCCCGCAGCAGACUCAGCUCCUCAGCCAGACAGCAGCCUGGAGAUUCUGCCGGAGGAGGAGGAUGGGGCUAACACCUAG